CUACACAUUUAUUCAGUUGCUUUCCUAAGUGCGGUUGUAUACGUUUUAUACGUGUGUGCACGGUAAUAUCGUUAACGUUGAUACUGUUCUGAGCUUCCCCGAUUAUAAGGUUGGGAAGCUAAUUUACUAUUUAAAUUUUACAGUUUACAUGCUACGCCCCCAUCGACAGUUGAAUCGGAUUGUCUACAUUGCAGGCAGUCUUGAUUUUCUCGUUCGUUUCUUAACGGACAGACCGGACACAGAGAUGAUUCCAUUACCGAUGGUCGCGACGGCACAUGCUCAGUUAUGCUUAUGGAAGGGGAUCUCGGUAGGCUGUGCGUGAAGACUGAGGUCAUCGCCUGAGCUAGGAAAAAAUACUGAGCGUAGCCUCCAUUUUGAGUAGUAUGAAAUAGGGGAAUAGCAUAGUUUGGAGCCGACGCAGAACCAAACAAUCUGUAAACACAACCGAAGGAGCCUCUGCCAUGGAUGACUUAUUCAGUCCGCGAAGGCAGCUGAACAGCACGCAAGGAGAGAUUCGAGUGGGUCCAAGUCAUCAGGCCAAACUCCCUGAGCUGCAGCCCCUGCCUGCUCCCAGUACGCACUCAGUCACAGAUAAAGAGGAGCUAGUCUGGACACCAGGAGUCAAUGACUGUGAUCUUCUCAUGUACCUGCGGGCUGCCAGGAGCAUGGCAGCAUUUGCAGGGAUGUGUGAUGGAGGUUCAACAGAGGAUGGCUGUCUUGCAGCCUCCCGUGAUGAUACUACACUGAAUGCUUUGAACACGCUCCAUGAAAGCCAGUAUGAUGCAGCCAAAGCUCUGCAGUGCCUGGUGAAGAAGCCAGUCCCUAAACUAAUAGAGAAAUGCUGGUCAGAAGAUGAAGUGAAGCGGUUCAUCAAAGGUCUCAGACAGUAUGGCAAAAACUUUUUCAGGAUACGCAAAGAGCUGCUGCCUAGUAAGAAAACGGGUGAGUUGAUAACAUUCUACUACUACUGGAAGAAAACUCCUGAAGCAGUGGGGUCACGACCUCAUCGGCAGCACCGCCGGCAGCCUGCGUCUCGCAAGGUCAAGACUCGCAACACUGCGGCUGCUGCCAAUACUACCUCUCGCACUUCCUCCAUGGAGCUCAGUUCAGCCAGCGAGGACGAUCUGGACAGUGAGGACAGUGAGCAGGGGAGCAAAGGUCAAGCUUGCAGCCACUGUUUAACCACCAGCUCUAAGGACUGGCAUCAUGGAGGGCGUGACAACAUCCUACUGUGCUCCAGCUGCCACGCCCACCUCAGCAAGCACAGGCGCCUGCCGCCUGCACCUAAGCCAACCGACCCACCCUAUCUGUUCAAACCUGUCCGAGAGGAGGAAGAAGGGCUCGGUGCACGGCAUGGCAUGAAGACGCGUCGGAGCAGAGCACCAAUGUCAUCUCUUAGAAGUGGGCGGAACAGGCUGACAGGAAGUCCUGAUAGGGGUCUCUCCCCCUCCAAUGAUGAUGUCCGAGCUAGUGGACACACCCCCAGAACUAGCUCCACUGCUAUGGCAACUAGGGCAUCCAGUUCUGAUACCAAACCCGGAGUGGCAGGGAAGGCCAGCAAGAAGAUGAAAGUGGAGGCAUCCUUAGUAAAGGGAGUGAAGAGACAGAGAGACACUUGUGCCCCAGAUACAGAUGAACCAGAAAGAAAAACCAUGAAAAGGCCCAAGAAUCAGGAGGGUCCAGACUCCCAGUCGGAAGGAGAAGGUGAAGGGGAGAGCUCAGACAGCCGCAGUGCUAAUGAUGAUGGCAGCAGUGACACUAAAGACAUAGACCAGGACAACCGCAGCUCCUCCCCCAGCCUCGCCAGCCCCCUGCAGGCCAACGAGAGUGAUUCAGACUCCCCCAUCCCUGUGCCUCCGCCCGGGCCCCAAGCCCAAACGCAGCAGGCAGCAACUCCAGCUGCUACUCUUGCCCCCUCUCAAACACCAUCACCAUUAAACACUAUGCCAUCUCAGCCAUCUCCAUCAAGCGCAUCUUCCCCUGGUGUUUCCACUAUCACUAUGGCCACCACCACCUCGAGGGUUGUCGUACCCGUGGAUGCUCCCCCGGACGAUCCAUUGAUAAUAGCUCAGAGGAGGGGUCAAAGGGGCCUGGAGGGUCCUCCGGCGACCCAGGCUCAUUCUGGACCCUCAUCUUUCCAGGGACCAGGCCCAGGACAGGGGCAAUCCUUUCCAAUGCCUCCUCAGUAUCACCACCACCCCAGCCAUCCUCCUGCAGCCCAUCAUCACACUCACAGCUUUGCUCCUAAGCCUCUGCACCUUCAGAGAGAGAGCCUCCUUCCUCCGGUACCUCCAGCAUCAGCAUCUCAGAUCAAGCCACCACCAACCACACCAAUCCCCUCUUCUUACAAGCAGCCCUCCCACAUCCCCGCUGCUCCUCCCUUCCUACAGAUUCACCCCAACCUGCCUCCACCUCCGGCCCUGAAGCCUCUGGCCUCCCUGCCCGCUCAGCAUCCACCUUGCUCUCAGCCUCCACCGCUCCACAUCAUGCCCCAAUCUCAUCCUCCUCAGCCCCCGCUGCUCACUCAGUCGCAGGGCCAUCAAGGCAAAUGUCACCUCGCUGGUCUGCCUCCGGCUGCUGCCUGCCCCCACCCUUCGCUCUCACAAAUGCGCCCCACAGCAGAGCCUGCUGCAGCGUUGUCUCUGGCCUCAUCCUCAGCACCCGGCCCAGCCCCCCAGACCUCCACCUCCUCUGCAGCCAGCGGCCCCGGUGCACCGGCGCACGUGGCCAUUAAAGAGGAGCCAGUGGAUGAGGACGAAGACUGUGAUAGCCCCCCUCCUCCCCGCAGGAGUCCCUCCCCAGAACCCACAGUGGUCAACAUACCCAGUCACGCGAGCCAGUCAGCAAGGUUCAUCAAACACCUGAACAGAGGGUACAACUCGUGCUCUCGCACUGACCUCCACUUCACCCCACUUGCCUCCUCCAAACUAGCCAAGAAAAGGGAGGAGGCUGCGGAGCGCUCCCGGCGAGAAGCAGAGCAGAGCGCUCGGCAGGGCCGGGAGAGAGAGAGGGAGAGAGAGAGGGAGAGGGAGCGGGAAAGGGAGAGAGAAAGGGAGCGGGAGAGAGAGAGAGAUUCAGACAAAGCUUCUCGGGCCUCCAGCUCCUCCCAUGAUGGUCGUCUAGGUGACCACCCCCUCACUGCCCACGCACAACAGGCUCGGCCCUCAUUUGAGCCGCCUCCUCCAACCACGGUGGCUGCUGUCCCGCCGUACCUCGGACCAGACACUCCUGCCCUGCGCACGCUCAGCGAGUACGCCCGGCCACAUGUCAUGUCGCCUAGCAACCGCAACCACCCUUUCUUCAUGCCCCUUGGCCCAGGCGACCACCUCCUGGCCUAUCACAUGCAGGGUCUCUAUGCAGCUGAUCCUGCCCUCCGUGAGCGAGAGCUUCGCGAGCUCCGAGAGAGGGAGAUCCGGGAGAGGAUGAAACCAGGCUUUGAGGUCAAGCCGCCGGAGCUGGAGACCCCACUCCAUCCAUCAGCCAACCCCAUGGAGCAUUUUGCCCGUCACGGGGCACUACCCCUCCCUCAUGUUGCUGGGCCACACCCCUUUGCUCCCUUCCACCCCGCCAUGGAGCGUAACGUGGCGGCACCACCUCGGCCUGAGCUGACGUAUGCCGAGCGGCUGACAGCAGAGCGGCUGCAUGCGGAGAGGAUGGCCGCCACCGUUGUCGCCGGGGACCCUGUUGCUAGGCUUCAGAUGCUCAACGUGACGCCUCACCAUCACCAGCACUCACACAUUCACUCCCACCUUCAUUUGCAUCAGCAGGACCCACUCAACCAGGUACCAGGCUCAGGCCCUCAUCCUCUGGUGGACCCACUGGCAGCAGGGCCACCCCUGGCCCGAUUCCCCUAUCCACCAGGUGCUAUUCCCAAUCCUCUGCUGGGUGAACUGCCCCAUGAACAUGAAAUGCUCCGGCACCCUCUCUUUGGAGCAGCAUUCCCUAGAGAUUUGCCCGGCCCACUGGGCCCCAUGUCAGCCGCGCAUCAGCUGCAGGCCAUGCAGGCGCAGUCUGCCGAGCUGCAGAGGUUGGCACUGGAGCAGCAGUGGCUGCACGGACACGCCCACCUGCACAGCGCCCCUCUCCCAAGCCAGGAGGAUUACUACAGCCGUCUGAAGAAAGAGGGAGACAAGCCGUCUUGAAAUGACUGACAUACACUGUGGACUAUGGAAUAAAUUCUGUAUUCAGGGUAUUAACUCUGUUUUUUUUUUUUUUUUUGUUUGUUUGUUUUUUUCCUUUUUCUUUAGAUAACCCUGUAUUGGGAUCAUUUCCCCCCCUCUUUUCUGCACUUAAGAGUUUUCCCUGUUGUAUUGUAUAAAAUAACUAGCCUUUUCCAAGCACACUGACAUUGUUUUCCUUGCAUGAAUAUUACUUGGCAGUUUGUACUGUUAAAAAGGAAAUCUAAUGAAACUUUGUUACAGUGCUAAAGCACUAGACUUAUUUAGUAUUUGCAAGGUGCUGUCCUGUAUCCUUAUAUACACAAUAUAGCAAAAUGUUUCAGAAUUUAUUGAAUCCUACUCUCUAUAAGAUUGUAAAUAGUAUAUGUAUCAAAUAAUAUAUUACAUUAUUUGUAAAUUAAAAUGUUCCAAUGGUAGAUUUGGACUUAAGUAACCUAUGUGCAGAAAGUGCAUGCUUUACAUACAGUAUCUUACCCUUUCUUUAACAUCCUCUUUUCAGGCAUAUCUUAGAGGGGACACUCUUAUUAGUGUAUAACACUGUAGUAGUAAUUCCUUAUUGGCCUGUAUGUCAACUAUAUUCCACUGUCUUACCCUUUUAACGUUUGUUUAUAUAACAUAGAGAAAAGAGAAAGAAAGAGAAAGAAUAGUUUUUGGACUGUUUAUUGCAAUACAAGUGAAACUGUAUUAAUAGCAAAUAACUAAUUCCUUGACAUCAUGUCAUAUAUCUCUGGAUAUGGUGUUAUGUCUAAGUAACAAUAUAAAGGUAGCUGUGACAAUAAAAAGCAGUGUCUUUCUUCUUGUGUGCUUGAAUAACCAUAAGUUAGAACUAUUAACAAUAUUAUUCAAAACCUACUGAUGUCAAAAUUUUGCUUGCACAUCUGCCAACCAAUCCAGCAUUUUCUACAAUAAAACAAUAUUGAAUGUA